AUGGUCAAGGGGGAGUGCUUCCUGGUGUUGGUAGCUAAGGAUCCAGUGACCUAUGACGAUGUGCAUGUGAACUUCACUCAGGAAGAGUGGGCUUUGUUGCGUCCCUCCCAGAAGAGUCUCUACAAAGAUGUGAUGCUGGAGACCUACAGGAACCUCUAUGCUAUAGGCUAUAAUUGGGAGAACCAACAUAUUGAAGAUCAUUGUCAAAGUUCUAGAAGACGUGAAAGGUAA